CGAAGUCAAGUAAACAAGAUGGACCGGAGUUCGGACAAGUGACAUUGAAUGUUGCUGUCCCGCAUCCCCCGGAAAUAUCAUCUUAAUCGUCCCCAAUCUCUCCUUCCCUUUGAGUCUGUCUCUAGGCUCUGGUUAGAAUCUUUUGAGUUUGAUAACAAGAGGAAAAGGAGAAAAUGCAUUUGAGCGAGAAUGAAGGGAUUGAAGGGAACACCUUUGUAGUGACGGGUGGGUUGGGGUUCGUGGGUUCAGCUCUGUGUUUGGACCUGCUACGUAGAGGUGCUCGCCGGGUUCGCUCCUUUGACCUCAAACCCACUUCUCCUUGGUCGCAUGAUCUCAAGAACCAUGGCGUCCAAUGCAUUCAAGGGGACCUUGUCAACAAAAAUGAUGUAGUAAAGGCUCUUCAAGGUGUGGAUUGCGUAUUCCACCUGGCUUCCUAUGGCAUGUCAGGGAAAGAAAUGCUUCAGCUUGGUCGAGUUGAUGGGGUGAAUAUCAAUGGAACUUGUCAUGUCUUGGAAGCUUGCCUUGAAUUGGGGAUCACAAGGCUUGUUUAUGUGAGCACGUAUAAUGUAGUUUUUGGGGGAAAGGAAAUUGUCAAUGGCAAUGAAGCCUUGAACUAUUUCCCUAUUGAUGACCAUGUUGAUCCUUAUGGACGAAGUAAAGCAAUUGCUGAACAGUUGGUUCUUAAGUACAACGGUCGACCUUUCAAGGAGAAUAACGGGAAACGUCUUUAUACCUGUGCGGUUCGUCCAGCAGCUAUCUAUGGACCAGGUGAGGAGAGACACCUUCCCAGGAUAGUGUCUCUAACAAAGCUGGGAUUGGUGCCAUUCAAAAUUGGUGCACCUAGUGUGAAAACAGACUGGGUUUAUGUGGAUAACCUGGUACUCGCUAUAAUAUUGGCAAGCAUGGGGCUACUUGAUGACAUCCCUGGUAAAGAGGGAUGUCCAGUUGCAGCUGGCCAGGCAUACUUUAUAUCAGAUGGGUCUCCAAUCAACACCUUUGAGUUCAUUCAACCACUGUUAAGAAGUCUAGACUAUGACUUACCAACGUCAUGGUUAUCUGUCCCCCAUGCUCUUUUUCUGGGAAAGAUUUUCUGGGCCAUGUACACAAUCUUGUAUCCAUGGUUGGACAGAUGGUGGCUUCCCCAACCUUUCAUCCUCCCGGCUGAAGUAUACAAGGUUGGUGUUACACACUACUUCUCAUUACUUAAAGCACAACAGGAGCUUGGCUAUGUUCCCAUGGUAAGUCCUCGUGAGGGUAUGGCUGCAACCAUCUCAUACUGGCAGGAAAGAAAAAGGAAAACUCUGGAUGGGCCUACAAUAUAUACUUGGUUUUUUGUGGUGACAGCAAUGAUUGCAGUGUUUGCUGUUGCAUGGUUACCUGCCAUAGCACCUUUAUCCCUCAUUAAAGCAAUUCUUCUUUUCAUCUUCCGGUCAAUGUUAGUGCUAAGGAUGGUAUCAAUUCUCACUAUAGCAGCACAUCUUUUCGAGGCUAUAUAUGCAUGGUUCUUGGCAAAACGGGUGGAUCCUGGUAAUUCAAGAGGGUGGUUUUGGCAGACUUUUGUCAUGGGCAUAUUUUCAUUGCGUCUGCUAUUGAAGAGAGCAAAAAAUCAGAGGUAAGCACUUCAUUCAUGCAUUGUGAUGUAAGACAUAAAUGAUGUAAAUUUUUUAUUUUUAUUUCUGGUAAAAUCAAGUAUUAAUGGAAGGGAAAACUUCCCUAUAUGAGACUGCAGAAACAUGUGUCUAGGAAAAAAGGAAUGAUAUGUUGUUUAUCAAGCAAAUACUAUCUGCAUGGAAUGAGGAAACAGGCUAUUUUAUAUCAAUUCCAAUAAGAUGGAAUCCCACUC